CCCACCCCAGCCGCAAAGAGUCUACAUGUCUAGGGUCUAGACAUGUUCAGCUUUGUGGACCUCCGGCUCCUGCUCCUCUUAGCGGCCACCGCCCUCCUGACGCACGGCCAAACGGAAGGCGAGGUCAAUGACCAAGAGGGAGACAUCCCAGGAGUCGACUGCAUACAGAACGGCCUCAGGCGCGCUCAUAACGAUGUCUGGAAACCCACGCCCUGCCAGAUCUGCCUGUGCCACAAUGGCGAAGUGAUGUGCGAUGAAGUGGUCUGUCCUAAUGACGCCAAGUGUCCGGGAGGCCAAAUCCCCCCUGGCGAGUGCUGUCCUGUCUGCCCCGACGACGCCGCAUCACCCACGGACCAAGACCUCACAGGAGUUGAGGGACCCAAGGGAGACACUGGCCCCCGCGGCCCAAGGGGACCCGCAGGCCCCCCUGGACGAGAUGGCAUCCCUGGAAAUCCUGGACUUCCCGGGCCUCCCGGACCCCCUGGACCCCCUGGACCCCCUGGCCUUGGAGGAAACUUCGCUUCCCAAAUGUCUUAUGGCUAUGAUGAAAAAUCAGCUGGAGUGUCCGUGCCUGGCCCCAUGGGUCCCUCUGGUCCUCGUGGUCUCCCUGGCCCCCCUGGCGCACCUGGUCCCCAAGGUUUCCAAGGCCCCCCUGGUGAGCCCGGCGAGCCUGGAGCUUCAGGUCCCAUGGGUCCCCGAGGUCCCCCUGGCCCCCCUGGCAAGAACGGAGAUGAUGGUGAAGCUGGCAAACCUGGUCGUCCUGGUGAGCGUGGACCUCCUGGGCCUCAGGGUGCUCGUGGAUUGCCUGGAACAGCUGGCCUCCCUGGAAUGAAGGGACACAGAGGUUUCAGUGGUUUGGAUGGUGCCAAGGGAGAUGCUGGUCCUGCUGGUCCCAAGGGUGAGCCUGGUAGCCCUGGUGAAAAUGGAGCCCCUGGCCAGAUGGGCCCCCGUGGUCUGCCUGGUGAGAGAGGUCGCCCUGGAGCCCCUGGCCCUGCUGGUGCACGUGGAAAUGAUGGUGCUACUGGUGCUGCUGGUCCUCCUGGUCCCACUGGCCCCGCUGGUCCUCCUGGUUUCCCUGGUGCUGUUGGUGCUAAGGGUGAAGCUGGUCCCCAAGGAGCCCGAGGCUCUGAAGGUCCCCAGGGUGUUCGUGGUGAGCCUGGCCCCCCUGGCCCUGCUGGUGCUGCUGGUCCCGCUGGAAACCCUGGUGCUGAUGGACAACCUGGUGCUAAAGGUGCCAACGGUGCUCCCGGUAUUGCUGGCGCUCCUGGCUUCCCUGGUGCCCGAGGCCCCUCUGGACCCCAGGGCCCCAGCGGUCCUCCUGGUCCCAAGGGUAACAGCGGUGAACCUGGUGCUCCCGGCAACAAAGGAGACACUGGUGCCAAAGGAGAACCCGGCCCCACUGGUGUUCAAGGACCCCCUGGCCCUGCUGGAGAAGAAGGAAAGCGAGGAGCCCGAGGUGAACCUGGACCUGCUGGCCUGCCUGGACCCCCUGGCGAGCGUGGUGGACCUGGUAGCCGUGGUUUCCCUGGUGCAGAUGGUGUCGCUGGUCCCAAGGGUCCUGCUGGUGAACGUGGUUCUCCUGGCCCUGCUGGUCCCAAAGGUUCUCCUGGUGAAGCUGGUCGCCCUGGUGAAGCUGGUCUGCCUGGUGCCAAGGGUCUGACUGGAAGCCCUGGCAGCCCUGGUCCUGAUGGCAAAACUGGCCCCCCUGGUCCCGCUGGUCAAGAUGGUCGUCCUGGACCCCCAGGUCCCCCUGGUGCCCGUGGUCAGGCUGGUGUGAUGGGAUUCCCUGGACCUAAAGGUGCUGCUGGAGAACCUGGCAAAGCUGGAGAGCGUGGUGUUCCUGGACCCCCUGGCGCUGUUGGUCCUGCUGGCAAAGAUGGAGAAGCAGGAGCUCAGGGACCCCCCGGCCCUGCUGGUCCCGCUGGUGAGAGAGGUGAACAAGGUCCUGCUGGCUCCCCUGGAUUCCAGGGUCUCCCUGGCCCCGCUGGUCCUCCCGGUGAAGCAGGCAAACCUGGUGAACAGGGUGUUCCUGGAGAUCUUGGUGCCCCUGGUCCCUCUGGAGCAAGAGGCGAGAGAGGUUUCCCUGGUGAGCGUGGUGUGCAAGGUCCCCCUGGUCCUGCUGGUCCUCGUGGGUCCAACGGUGCUCCUGGCAACGAUGGUGCCAAGGGUGAUGCUGGUGCUCCUGGAGCUCCCGGAAGCCAGGGUGCCCCUGGUCUUCAGGGAAUGCCUGGCGAACGUGGUGCAGCUGGUCUUCCAGGCCCCAAGGGAGACAGAGGUGAUGCUGGUCCCAAAGGUGCUGAUGGUUCUCCUGGCAAAGAUGGCGUCCGUGGUCUGACUGGCCCCAUUGGUCCUCCUGGUCCCGCUGGUGCUCCUGGUGACAAGGGUGAAACUGGUCCCAGCGGCCCUGCUGGCCCCACCGGAGCCCGUGGCGCCCCUGGAGAUCGUGGUGAACCUGGUCCCCCUGGUCCUGCUGGCUUCGCUGGUCCCCCUGGUGCUGAUGGUCAACCUGGUGCUAAAGGUGAACCUGGUGAUGCUGGUGCUAAAGGCGAUGCUGGUCCUCCUGGCCCUGCUGGACCCGCUGGGCCCCCCGGCCCCAUUGGUAACGUUGGUGCUCCUGGACCCAAAGGUGCUCGCGGCAGCGCGGGUCCCCCUGGUGCUACUGGUUUCCCUGGUGCUGCUGGCCGAGUCGGUCCCCCUGGCCCCUCUGGAAAUGCUGGACCCCCUGGUCCUCCUGGCCCUGCUGGCAAAGAAGGCGGCAAAGGUCCCCGUGGUGAGACUGGUCCCGCUGGACGUCCUGGUGAAGUUGGUCCCCCUGGUCCCCCUGGCCCUGCUGGUGAAAAAGGAUCCCCUGGUGCUGACGGACCUGCUGGUGCUCCUGGUACCCCUGGACCUCAGGGUAUUGCUGGACAGCGUGGUGUGGUUGGUCUGCCCGGUCAAAGAGGAGAAAGAGGCUUCCCUGGUCUUCCUGGCCCCUCGGGUGAGCCCGGCAAACAAGGUCCUUCUGGAGCAAGUGGUGAACGUGGCCCCCCUGGCCCCAUGGGCCCCCCUGGAUUAGCUGGACCCCCUGGUGAAUCUGGACGUGAGGGAGCUCCUGGUGCUGAAGGAUCCCCUGGUCGAGAUGGCUCUCCUGGCCCCAAGGGUGACCGUGGUGAGACUGGCCCUGCUGGACCCCCUGGUGCUCCUGGUGCUCCUGGUGCUCCCGGCCCCGUUGGCCCUGCUGGCAAGAGUGGCGAUCGUGGUGAGACUGGUCCUGCUGGUCCUGCUGGUCCCAUCGGCCCCGCUGGUGCCCGUGGUCCCGCUGGACCUCAAGGCCCCCGUGGUGACAAGGGUGAGACAGGCGAACAGGGCGACAGAGGCAUAAAGGGUCACCGUGGCUUCUCCGGUCUCCAGGGUCCUCCUGGCCCUCCUGGCUCUCCUGGUGAACAAGGUCCCUCUGGAGCUUCUGGUCCUGCUGGUCCUCGUGGUCCCCCUGGCUCUGCUGGUUCUCCUGGCAAAGAUGGACUCAACGGUCUUCCAGGCCCAAUCGGUCCCCCUGGUCCUCGCGGUCGCACUGGUGAUGCUGGUCCUGUUGGUCCCCCCGGCCCUCCUGGACCCCCUGGUCCCCCUGGUCCUCCCAGCGGUGGUUUCGACUUCAGCUUCAUGCCCCAGCCACCUCAAGAGAAGGCUGGUGAUGGCCGCUACUACCGGGCUGAUGAUGCCAAUGUGGUCCGUGACCGUGAUCUUGAAGUGGACACAACCCUCAAGAGCCUGAGCCAGCAGAUCGAGAACAUCCGCAGCCCUGAAGGCAGCCGCAAGAACCCUGCCCGCACCUGCCGGGACCUCAAGAUGUGCCACUCUGACUGGAAGAGCGGAGAGUACUGGAUUGACCCCAACCAAGGCUGCAACCUGGAUGCCAUUAAGGUCUUCUGCAACAUGGAGACAGGUGAGACCUGUGUGUACCCCACCCAGCCCACUGUGGCCCAGAAGAACUGGUACAUCAGCAACAACCACAAGGAAAAGAGGCACGUCUGGUUCGGCGAGAGCAUGACCGGUGGAUUUCAGUUCGAGUAUGGCAGCGAGGGCUCCGACCCUGCUGAUGUGGCCAUCCAACUGACCUUCCUGCGCCUGAUGUCCACGGAGGCCUCCCAGAACAUCACCUACCACUGCAAGAACAGCGUGGCCUACAUGGACCAGCAGACUGGCAACCUCAAGAAGUCCCUGCUCCUCCAGGGCUCCAACGAGAUCGAACUCCGGGGCGAGGGCAACAGCCGCUUCACCUACAGCACCAUCUAUGACGGCUGCACGAGUCACACCGGAGCCUGGGGCAAGACAAUCAUCGAAUACAAAACCACCAAGACCUCCCGCCUGCCCAUCAUCGAUGUGGCCCCCUUGGACAUUGGCGCCCCAGACCAGGAAUUCGGCAUGGACAUUGGCCCUGCCUGCUUCGUGUAAACUCCCUCCACUCCAACCUGGCUCCCUCCCACCCAGCCCACUUUCUCCCCAUUCUGGAAACAGACAAACAACCCAAACUGAAAUCCCUCCAAAAUUCAAAAAAUGGGAGACAAUUUCACAUGGACUUUGGAAAAUAUUUUUUUUCCUUUGCAUUCAUCUCUCAAACUUAGUUUUUAUCUUUGACCAACUGAACAUGACCAAAAACCAAAAGUGCAUUCAACCUUACCAAAGGGAAAAAAAAAAAAAAGAAUAAAUAAAUAAGUUUUUAAAAAAGGAAGCUUGGUCCACUUGCUUGA